AUGUCGGCACCGCAAAGACUACUCUCCAAUCUCUCUCACAUUCUAUCUUCUUCUUCUCUCUCUACCUUCAAAUCUACUACCUUCCUCUUCCUUCCAUUCUCUCACCCACACUGGACCCUAACAAUGCCUCGCAAUCAGCGAAGUGGAGAACAAAAAUGGAAACCGAAACCAAAAACUGAACCGCAAGUGUCGUCUAUUGGAGAUGCGGAAACCGUUACUAACAAACUUUCUGGAAUUCAUAUUGGUGAAAAUAGCGGCCAAACCAAGGUUCAUCAUGCUAAUAAGGUGAUUACUUCCCAAGGUUCAUCGGCGAUUUGGAAACCGAAAUCUUAUGGAACUGUUGCUGAAGGAGCCACUGUGACUAAAGUUGAAAGCACACCGGUCGGUAAAGGGAAGGUUGGUGGUUCAGGCGUUGGUGUUGACGCGGCUUCGACUCAGAAAAGUAGUGGUAGUGCUGUUUUGAGUAAGUUGUUUAGUGGUAAUUUGUUGGAGAAUUUUACUGUUGAUAAUUCCACUUAUGGUCAUGCAAAAAUCAGAGCAACUUUCUACCCCAAAUUUGAAAAUGAAAAGUCGGAUCAGGAGACAAGGUCAAGGAUGAUUGAGCUGGUAUCAAAAGGUGUAGCUACGUUAGAGGUUUCACUUAAACACUCUGGUUCUCUUUUUAUGUAUGCGGGUCACGAGGGUGGAGCUUAUGCAAAAAACAGUUUCGGAAAUAUAUAUACAGCUGUUGGUGUAUUUGUUCUUGGGCGGAUGUUUCGCGAGGCUUGGGCAGCCAAAGCUUCAGAAAAGCAGGCUGAAUUUAAUAAUUUUCUUGAGAGAAACAAUAUGUGCAUUUCAAUGGAAUUAGUAACUGCUGUUCUUGGAGAUCAUGGACAGCGUCCUCAUGAAGAUUACGUGGUGGUUACAGCAGUCACUGAAUUGGGCAAUGGGAAGCCAAAGUUCUAUUCAACCCCUGAGAUAAUCGCUUUUUGCAGAAAAUGGCGAUUACCAACGAAUCAUGUGUGGUUGUUCUCAACAAGAAAAUCAGCUUCUUCCUUCUUUGCUGCCUAUGAUGCCUUAUGUGAGGAAGGUACUGCAACUUCUGUAUGCAAGGCUCUUGAUGAAAUUGCGGACAUAUCUGUACCAGGUUCAAAAGACCAUGUGAAAGCCCAAGGUGAAAUUUUAGAAGGUCUUGUGGCUCGUCUUGUGAGUCAAGAUAGUUUGAACCAUAUAGAGAAAAUUUUGAAGGAAUUUCCUCCUCCCCCCGUUGAUGGAGCUGCCCUUGAUUUCGGUCCAAGUCUAAGGGAAAUUUGUGCUGCCAAUAGAUCUGAUGAAAAACAGUUUAUAUCACCAUCAUGUCAAUUUAGGAGAGACAGUGACACAGAGACAACAGUAGAACCCUAUCUAGCAGGAACUUUGGGUUGCCCACUUCCUCGGCCCAGGAUGGUACUGCAAGUGAAGGCGCUUCUUGAAAACGUUGGUAGCUCAUUUUGUCCUGACUACUUAGACUGGUCUGGGACUGAUGCUGGUGAUAUGCAUUCAAGAAAUGCAGACAAAUCUGUUGUUUCAAAAUUUUUACAAGCCCAUCCGACAGACUAUUCGACAAAAAAAUUGCAGGAAAUCAUUCGGUUGAUGAAGGAAAAACGCCUGCCUGCUGCAUUCAAAUGUUAUCAUAACUUCCACAAAGUUGAUGCCAUAUCAAAUGACGACCUUUUUUACAAAAUGGUCAUUCAUGUGCACAGUGAUUCUGCUUUCCGGAGAUACCAAAAAGAGAUGAGGCAUAGACCGGGAUUAUGGCCACUUUAUCGAGGAUUUUUUGUUGAUAUCAAUUUAUUCAAGGCAAACAAGGAAAAAGUUGCCGAAAUUUCUAAGAACAGCAGUAUAAAUGAAAGUGAUAGCACCAGUAUUGAAAGAGACGACUUUGCCGACGAAGAUGCAAAUUUAAUGGUGAAAUUGAAGUUUCUUACAUAUAAGUUGCGAACUUUUCUCAUUCGAAAUGGCUUGUCAAUUCUUUUUAAAGAAGGUCCAAGUGCUUACAAGGCUUAUUACCUGAGACAAAUGAAAAUAUGGGGAACCUCUCCAGGGAAGCAGAGAGAACUUAGCAAGAUGCUUGAUGAAUGGGCUGUGUAUAUAAGAAGAAAGUGUGGAAAUAAGCAACUUUCAUCAUCAAUAUAUCUUAGUGAAGCUGAACCUUUCCUUGAACAGUUUGCAAAACGUAGUCCACAGAACCAAGCUCUAAUAGGUUCUGCUGGUAGUUUAGUUAGGACUGAAGAUUUCUUGGCCAUUGUUGAGGGAGGCCAGGAUGAAGAAGGUGAUCUUGUAUCAGAGCGGGAUAUAGCACCAUCAGGGUCUAAUAUCUCAGUCAAAGAUACAGUUCCAAAAGAUGAAGGGAUGAUUGUAUUCUUUCCGGGAAUACCAGGUUGUGCAAAGUCCGCCCUUUGCAAAGAAUUGCUAAAUGCACCAAGAGGACUACUAGGAGAUGAUCGACCAGUUCAUAGUCUCAUGGGUGAUCUGAUUAAAGGAAAAUAUUGGCAGAAAGUUGCUGAAGAGCGAAAAAAGAAACCAAAGUCUAUAAUGCUUGCUGACAAAAAUGCCCCGAAUGAAGAAGUUUGGAGACAGGUAGAAGACAUGUGUCACAGAACCAGGGCAUCUGCUGUCCCAGUUGUGCCCGAGUCUGGAGGAACUGAUUCAAAUCCAUUUGCCCUUGAUGCAUUAGCUGUUUUCGUGUUUCGUGUGCUUCAACGAGUCAAUCAUCCAGGAAAUCUUGACAAGGGAUCUCCAAAUGCUGGUUAUGUGCUGUUAAUGUUCUAUCACCUAUAUGAUGGCAAGAGCCGCAAAGAGUUUGAGGGUGAAUUAAUUGACCGUUUUGGAUCUCUAGUGAAGAUUCCAUUAUUGAAAUCUGAUAGGAGCCCCCUUCCCGAGGCAGUUAAGUGCAUUUUGGAGGAAGGAAUUGAUCUAUAUAAGCUUCACACUAAAAGACAUGGAAGGUUAGAAUCUACCAAGGGUACGUACACAAAAGAAUGGAUGAAAUGGGAGACACAAUUACGGGAUAUUCUUUCUGGAAAUGCUGAUUAUUUUAAUUCAGUCCAGGUUCCAUUUGAAUUCGCUGUCAAGCAAGUGUUGGAGCAAUUGAGAAACAUUGCCAAGGGAGAUUACACACCUCCAGAUACUGAAAAGAGGAAGCUUGGUACCAUUGUUUUUGCUGCUCUCAAUCUGCCAGUUAUUGAAAUUCAAGGUGUCCUAAAUAAUUUGGCCAAGAAUAAUCCGAAGAUUGACGAGUUCCUUAGAGACAAACAAUUAGAGAAUCUUAAUCGAGCUCAUGUGACUCUUGCCCACAAGAGAAGUCAUGGCAUUAAAGCUGUCGCAGAUUAUGGUCUGUGGCUGCAUAAAGAGGUACCGGUGGAGUUAACGGCAUUGCUCUUCUCAGAUAAAAUGUCUGCAUUCGAAGCUUUUCCUGGUUCUGUAGAAGGAGAGAAGAUCGUUCCAAAAAAUGCAUGGCCCCAUAUUACCUUGUGGACUAGCCAAGGAGUUUCAGCCAAGGAGGCCAACAUGUUACCGCAGUUGUUUGCAGAGGGAAAAGCAAAUCGCAUUGACUUUGAUCCUCCCAUCAAUAUAUCUGGCACAGUUGAGUUUUACUGA